AAAUCGCUGUUUGUUGAAGAGAAAUCUGGCAAUAUUAACUCCACGUACUUUUUAUGAAUGUUUAUAUUUUGAUCAAACUUUUGAGUGACCACUUUUAUUAUUCUUAAUUCUGCCUUGGAUACUGGUAUUUUAUUCCCCUAUUUUCGAAAUAUGUCUGAGCAACCUGGUGAGGAUAAGAAACCCGACCUCAGUAAUAUACCAAGAGGUGCAAUUGGAAUUAAAGGCUUACCUAUCAGCCGCAAUACUAGAUUGCCAUCAAUUAGGAGCCCUAGAGAUCUGAUGCUAGGAGCUCAGCCUAAAAGGACUUUUGUACCAAAUAUUCCUGUCCGAAGAGAAAAGAAACCACUUGUUACCGAUAAAGAUACUGCUGCAAAACCUGAAGAUAUUCAAAAACCAAAAAUAAAGCAUCUACCUGCUCAAAAUGACAGAGGUAGAGGCCGAGGAAGAGGCAGAGGACAAAUCAUACAGACACAGGGCUCUGUAUUUGGAGAGGGUCUUUCAAUGGAUAUUGCACGAAAAGAUAAAUUACCACGGGAGACUAUUCCGAGGAUAAGAGGACUUAGAGUGAAGCAGGAAAAGAUGGAAGUUGAUGUUUCUGACAUCAGUGAAGGAAUGAAUAACAUAUUUACAGAUAAUUUUAUUGAUGAUGGAGAUGAUGACUUUGAAGAUGCAUUAAAACCUGUACUUUUUCCUCUGCAAAAUUCUUUGAAAAAUGAAGAGAAGAAGGAAAUUAAAAAAGAGACGUUAAAUUUUGAAAAUGAAGACAUUGCGAAAGAAAUGGGAUAUGAUAUCAAACAAGUUGCUAAAUUUAUAAAAAAGGAAAAGGAUAUUGAAGAAGAAGAAAUAAAAGAACCUUAUGUGCCUCAAAAUCGUGUAUCCGAAUUUUUCACUAAUGCUAAACCACAGCUGCUGCUGCUUCAAUUUCCACAGUGUGUAACAGCUAAACAAAAGAAUGAUGAGUUAGAUUCUGACCGCCAUCCAAAAGCCCAAGUAAAUACUGAAAACAUCCCAUCUAAUGAUCAGAAAUUGAAUACAACAUCUCUAUCAGCUUUACCAGAAGGUCUUGUAGGAAAAUUUCAAGUACUAAAGUCUGGAAAAGCUAGAUUAGUCUUUGGUUCACUGAAUUUUGAUCUUGAUUCUAUCAAUUCCUUGUGUUCAAGGCAUGAAGUUGCUUCAGUAAAAACAAAUUCAAAUACUGGUGAUAUUGUAGUAUUGGGAAAUAUGGAGUGCAAGAUGAAAUUUGUACCAGAUGUAGAACAUUUGUUAAGCUUUUAAAAGACUUUCUUGUUGUAAAUGAAAGGUCCAGUUGUACAAAAGGGUUCAUGUAUUUUCUAAAAAAAUAACCAUACAUUCCGGCGUAUAAUGUGCACCUAUAAUUUUAAACUACAUUUUAAAAAUUUUUAGGUAUAUUCAUUAUAUAAUGCACACCCUUUUCUUUAAGAAGAAACCUGAAAGAUACAUGUGUGAUGCUCUUUUGAAGUCAUUCAUUAGAAGGUUUUCUCCAGAUUUUUGAGCAAUCAUGUGCUGAACUGACAAGCGAUAAGGGGAACAAUAUAUGUGUGUGUGGGUGGGGAUUUUUGAGAGAGUAAAUAAUUCUGCAAAGAGAGUAAGCCGUAUUCAAUGCAGCUGUGCACAAGAAUGUUAUUUUAGGGUUUGGAAAAUGAUGAUGAUGAUGAUGGU